AACAACUGUUAAUAAAAAUGGAAUUUACCAGUUUGAGCAGGCUUCAACAUGUAAGGCAAUUCAGGACAACAUUUUGUCAUCAUCUAUCAAAAAGAAAAGAUAUUCAGAAGAUUAUUAUCUUCACAUAGUUACAAAACUGAAGAACUGCACCUGGAUAAGGAGACCAGAAGAAUCUACAAAAUUUAGGUCAGAAUUAGCUUCCUGCUGUGAUGCAGUUCACAAUUUUAUUGCUUCUCAAAACAACACCCCACUGGGAAGUAACAUGAGUUACGAAGUGGACAGUAAAAAGACCAUUCUCAUUACAGAGGACAUUUUUAAGAUGCUGCCUGUGUCCUCUCCUCUUUCAGUCUAUCCCUUCAAGACCUGUGCCGUGGUUGGAAAUGGAGGCAUUCUGAAAAAUUCCAGCUGCGGAGCUGAAAUCGAUCAUUCUGACUUUGUGUUUAGGUGUAACCUCCCUCCAACCACGGGAGGCAUUAGCAAAGAUGUUGGCAAUAAAACAAACCUUGUGACUGUUAAUCCGAGUAUCAUAGCUCAGAAAUACAACAAACUAAAUGAAAAGAAAACAGAAUUUCUGGAGAACAUUGCGGUCUAUGGAGAUGCUUUCCUUUUACUGCCAGCAUUUUCCUUCAGAAGCAACACAGCCACUUCUUUCAAAGUAUAUCACACUCUGCAAGAGUCCAAAGCAACCCAAAGGGCAAUAUUUUUUCACCCCACCUAUCUGAAAAGUCUUGCCCAGUUCUGGAGAACUAAGGGUGUGAAAGCCUACCGGCUGUCAUCUGGUUUUAUGAUCACUAGUGCUGCUCUUGAGCUUUGUGAGAAUGUGAAGCUCUAUGGCUUCUGGCCUUUCUCAAAAUCCACAGAGAAGAUGCCAAUCAGCCACCACUAUUAUGACAACCAGCUGCCUAAACCUGGUUUCCAUGCAAUGCCCAAAGAAUACAAUCAGAUCCUUCAACUUCAUGGCAAAGGCAUUUUGAAGUUGCAGUUUGGUAAAUGCCAAUCAGACUGAAAAGGGUGAUGAUCCUAAGGAGACAAUUUGUGUAUAUCUCAGCAGUUCGGUGUUGGAUUUGGUCUGAUAUGAUUUUGUGAGCAUUAAACUGCAUUAUUACAACAGAGAAAUAUUUUACACUUGGGGAGAAAAGGAAGUGAUUCUUCACACAGUGACUGCUACAUUUCUGAAUUUUGAGUAAGCAUUUUUUAAAAUACAAAAUAGCAUUUAUUUGGGAAAUUCUGAAACUCCUGACUAUUGGUUUAAUUGUAGCAAAGCACAAUCUCAGGAUGGUGGCAAUAUGUGACA